AUGCGUCUUGCUUUCCAGUCCAUUCCGAUCCACCGGUUUAGGAAGCAACGCGUACCUGUUCUACUCCACCGACUCAUUCUACCUGACAGCCACUUCACAGCCACUGCUUCCUCUCCCUCUCAGUUUGUUGUUUCAAGCAUUGUUGUCUCAGAAGGUCACAUGUCCGGAUUAGUAAAAAAAAGGAAAUUCUUCAUUUUCAGAAGGUUCACGACUAUAGGGAAUGAACGUUACCUCAAAUCAUUUGAGUUAGUACAAAGGUAUGUUUUAUCUACUGACAGCGAAUACGAACACGUAUUGGGAGAUGGUGUUACUACUUAUUCUGUUUUUUGGAUACUUGAUGGCCAUAAUGGGGCUGCAGCAGCAAUAUAUACCAAGGAUAAUCUUUUAAACAAUGUCUUAAGUGCUAUUCCAGCAGACCUUAACCGAGAAGAAUGGAUUCCAGCAUUGGCUAGGGCUCUGGUAGCUGGGUUUAUAAAAACAGAUAAAGAUUUCCAAGAAAAAGGUCAACUGUCAGGAAAAACUGUCACCUUUGUAAUUAUUGAAGGAUUCAUUGUAACUGUAGCAUCAGUUGGUGAUCCGCAUUGUAUAAGAAUCAAGAUAGGUAGUGUAUCAGCGUUUGUGAAUCCUUACUCAGAACCAGAUGAAGAAGAAGUAGAGGAAAAACAAAAACCGAGGAGAAAAUUAUUGAUGAUGAAGAAAAUGUGCUUGCUCUAUGAUGCUUUUUCCAAAUAUCAGACAAAACCAAAAGUCGCAUUACAAGAUGAUGUUUAUCAUGAAGGACAACAGUUUGAGGUAUGGUACCAAGCCCUAAGAUUUAUACAGGUGGCAGGAUCAGUGAAUCUUCUUUUUUUCCAAAUGAAGCAAAAAUAAAUAAAAAUAAAUAAGAUAGUGAUGCAAAUUCAUACUUAGGUAGCCACGAUGUUAAUAAACCAAGGAUCUGGAAAGUAUAUUCCACAAGGGUAAAAGGGUCAAGUGAGAAAAGUGGCUGAUUAGUUGAAAGAGUGAGAAUGUAAGAAUAAAUAGAGCAGGGAGAUUUUGUUAAUGGUCAUUCUGUUAUUUUGUGUGCAUGAUUGUGCUGGCUCCACACUCUUGUGUGUGUGUAUGAGAGGGACGUUUUCCCUGGUUAUGUUCUUUUUUUUUGCAUUUGGUUAUCAAGACAUUCCUUCCUCCAUUGUUAUUGUCUCAUUCACUGUUACAUCGCUUCAUC